AUGGACUCCUGGGCCGAUAAUGCGGGGCCGCCCCGCAAGAAAAUGCGCAAGGGCACCAAGAGCUGUUUGGAAUGCCGACGUCGCAAAAUCCGCUGCACUUACGAUAAUGAUCGCCAUGAUGUAUGCCACGAGUGCCAUCUGCGUGGUUCAAAAUGCGUCGAUCAAGAAAAUGGCUUGGAAGAAUCCAAUACAUUACAAGGUCCUCCGUCAGGGGAGAGAUAUAGCCUACGGGAACGUGUGGCAUACCUAGAGACGAUAGUGGGAAGCUUAGCCCAAAAAUUGGAUCAAACAAACGCUAUCCUAUCAAAAUCUGGUCAAACCACAGCAGGGACCCUGACACCAACCUCUUCGGAACCGGAUAGACUGGGCCCUUCAAGCGAAAACAUAGAAAAUGCACCCGUGCUGCAGCUUUUUGACAACUAUCUUGUCAGCCGCCGCAAGGACCCCUCGACGAAUGACCAGUUUACGGGCGCCAGAGACACGUCCCCGAAGGCGCGAGCAGCAAGAGCAGAGCUGAUUACCUUUUUCCCUUCGGAGAACGACAUUCAAACUAUUCUAUCCCAGUGCUCUCAUAUGUGGUGUAUAUGGGAAGACGAUAUUCCUGGAAUAAAAAAGACCCUCGCAGCAAAACACGCGGGUGCAGAAAGCCAGUUAGCACCUGCUGAUAUAGCGAAAGCUUUGGUGUGUCUUUCUCUCACCGUUCUUCAGUCACCAGUUGAAUUCGACUUGAACAAACUAGAAACACCCAUAGACCCGCAAGAGUUCGCCUCCCGAUGUUGCGAAGCAGUGGAUAGGCUCGUGGUCCGUGAUGACGACUUCUCAGCCACCCUCCCUGGAAUCGAGUGCCACGUUCUUCUCUCGAAAUUUCACAUGAACGAAGGCCGACUGCGUAAAGCGUGGCUGGUCAAUCGCCGAGCCAUUGAGUUAGCCCAUUUAGCCGGCAUGCACUUGUCGACCAGGAAUCCUCGACCGUCAGACGUAUUGUUUGAAAGAAGACUCAAGAUCUGGUGCUCGUUGGGGAACACCGAUCGAUCUAUUAGCCUCAUACUUGGCCUGCCCUACGUGGUUGCAGACGCUUUCUUCAUACCGCAAGUGGAACGACGACUGAAAUUACCCGUAUCUACCGCGGAGGAGUACAUGUUGCGUAUCGGGGUAAUAUGUGGUCAUAUGAUUGAUCGAAAUCAAAAUCCAGGAGAUAUGUCUCUUGAAAGCACAUUGAAACUCGACCAAGAGCUAAUGGAUACCUGGGAGGCCAUGCCGAAUAGCACCUUGGGCACUGAUCCAGCUCCGGGUGAAAAACGAGAACAUUACUUCGAGCGAGUUCCAUUACAACUCAUGCCAAAUGUUUUGCGGGCACUUCUCCAUCUUCCUUUCAUUUUGAAAUACCCUUAUGAUGUACGUUUCGCGUACAGUCAUAAAGUGGCAAUCCAAGCCGCGAGAAAUUCACUGGGAUUAUAUAAAAUCAUCCGAUCAACAGCUCGAUCAUAUCUUUGCAAAACAAUCGACUUCCUAGCUUUCACCAUGGGGAUGCUUCUCAUUCUUUACUUACACGGUUAUUCCGAAGAAUCACCGGACUGUAGUAGCGAAGAGAACAACCAAGACUGGGAGCUUAUUGAAGGGCUCGUCUCAAUCCUCCGUCAAGCUGCAAAUGAGAAUGGCGGCUCUGUCGCUGCCGAAUCGGCUCAUAUCCUCGGCGAAAUCUAUCGAUCUCGGUCUGAAAAAGAGAACUGGCACUUAUGUAACAGCUGUGAGAUCACUGUGCCAUACUUUGGUACUAUCACAGUGGGCCUUGGAACAAAAUUUUCUGGUGCUGCGAACAAGGCAUCACAAGGUAAAAUGCCUUCAACCUCCAAACAGAGCCCAGGUCAAAUUUAUACCCCGCCCUUGUCUGAUCUCGAUGGUGGAUAUGCUACCCAGGGCAAGACCACUAAUGAUCACACUCCAAUCUUCGAAACCCCAAGUCACACGAACCCCCCUCUUUCUUCAAGCGGAGAUGGUACGGCUGGUUCUUUUGCAGGUAUGGAGGGAACCGCAUUCAGUGGGCUGUUUGACGACAUUGGGCAAUACAUGUGGCCAACUCCUGGCGUUGAUUUGGGACUUGAUCAAGGCUGGAAUUUGAACUGGUUUGAGCUGCAAUGA